CUUGAGGCUGGGGGCUCAAAUCACUUGCUUUGAUUUUCACAGAGGAAGAGGGAGGGCGCCAGAGAGCGGCUAAGCUGGCACUCAAUUGAUCUCUGCGUUGCUCUUGAUUGUGACCCUGUAGUCGCAGCUUCACGAGAGCCAAUAUCCAAGAAGCGGGAGGCAAUUGGGCGGUCAUGGCCGGAGCAGGAGGCACGAGGAUUCUGCAAGAUGAAGCGGUUGAGGAGAAGGGAGAGAGGGCCAGGAUGGCUUCAUUUGUUGGAGCCAUGGCAAUCGCUGAUCUGGUGAAGACAACACUUGGACCGAAGGGAAUGGACAAGAUUCUGCAGUCAACAGGGAGGGGCCAGAACAUCAUGGUCACAAAUGACGGGGCAACCAUUUUGAAGUCGCUGUAUGUGGACAAUCCAGCUGCAAAAGUGUUAGUAGACAUUUCGAAGGUACAAGAUGAUGAGGUAGGGGACGGGACGACGUCGGUGGUCGUCCUUGCCGGGGAGCUCCUACGGGAGGCAGAGAAGCUCAUCAGCCAGAAGAUACAUCCAAUGACCAUCAUCUCAGGCUUCCGAGCGGCUGCUGAGACCGGGAGAGGAAUCCUAGAGAAGGCUUCUUUCAAUAACUCCAAAGACAAAGACAAGUUCCGCCGGGAUCUUCUAAACAUCGCCAUGACGACCUUGAGCUCCAAGAUCCUGAGCCAAGACAAGGAGCACUUUGCGGAGCUGGCAGUGGACGCGGUGCUGCGGCUACAGGGGAGCGGGAAUCUGGAGGCUAUCCAGAUCAUCCAGAAGCCCGGGGGUUCACUCCAAGAUUCGUUCCUUGACGAAGGAUUCAUUCUGGACAAGAGGAUUGGGGUGGGACAACCGAAGCGCAUCGAGAACGCCAAGAUCCUGGUAGCCAACACGCCAAUGGACACCGACAAGAUCAAGAUCUACGGGGCACGUGUGCGCGUCGACUCCAUGUCUAAGGUGGCCGACAUUGAAGCUGCGGAGAAGGACAAGAUGCGGCAGAAGUGCGACAAGAUCAUCCAGCACGGCAUCAACUGCUUCGUGAACCGGCAGCUCAUCUACAACUUCCCGGAGGAGAUCUUUGCGGACGCGGGCGUCAUGGCCAUCGAGCACGCCGACUUCGACGGCAUUGAGCGGCUCGCGCUGGUCACGGGGGGCGAGAUCGUGUCGACGUUCGACGACCCGACGACCGUCAAGCUGGGGCACUGCAAGCUGAUUGAGGAGAUUAUGAUAGGCGAAGACAAGCUGAUCCACUUCAUCGGCGUGGACAAACCCGAGGCCUGCACCAUCGUUCUCCGGGGGGCCAGCACGCACGUUCUUGAGGAAGCGGAGCGGUCGCUGCACGAUGCGCUGUGCGUGCUGAGCCAGACCGUGAAGGACAGCCGCGUCAUUUACGGGGGCGGCUUCCCUGAGGUCAUGAUGUCGAACGCGAUCGAGGAUCUCGCCCGGCGCACGCCCGGAAAGCGCGCUAUGGCGAUUGAGGCCUUUGCGACGGCGCUGCGCGGUAUUCCGAGCACAAUCGCGGAAAAUGCGGGGCUCGACGCCGCCGAGAUCGUGACGCAGCUCCGGGCGGAGCAUGCAAAGGAGCGGAGCAAGGCGGGGGUAGACGUAAUCAGGGGGACGAUCGGGAACAUGGAAGAGCUAGGCAUCUACGAGUCUUUCAAGGUCAAACAGGCCGUCUUGAUGUCGGCCACAGAAGCGGCGGAAAUGAUCAUGAGGGUAGACGAGAUCAUCAAGUGCGCACCUCGGAAAAGAGAGGGAAUGGGACACGGCAUGUAGCUCCAAGAAUGAAGGCAGAAUAUGGACUCCGUUUAAUGAAAUUGAGUCCUUACGAAACGUUGAGCGCCUCAGUCCUGCACACGAAGGACUCAACUCAUGCAAUCACCUCGAGGCUGCAAGCCUCCAUGACCCUUGUUAGUUUGCCAUGCAGUAGAAAAUCAAAUUGGAUCCCAGCAAUGCUUGCAGGCUGCAAUAUUUCAG